UUCCUUCUGAUAAAGAUGGCUCAGAAAUGGGCAGUUUUGGCUGUGCUCCUUUUCUUGCCAAUCAAUCUGGUUGAAGCUCACAACUGGGUGAGUGCGGAGAUUGGCCGUGAAGCUGUGCUGAGUUGCCCCAACAUCUCCGAGGUGCCUUUGCUGGUGAUUUGGAAGAGGAAUUGCACAAGUUGCUUGUCCUACAGAAGGGAUCUCAAUAAGACAAGCAGCCUGAACUGCAGUGAGAGGAUCACAUGGAAAUAUUCACCUGGCAGAGACCCUGCACUUCGUAUUUACCCUGUGGACCUCGAGGAUGAGGGAAUUUACACCUGUGACUUGGUCAAUGCCGAAGGGAAUUUUCAGUUGCUCUCUUCUCUGAUUGUGAUAGUGCCUCCUACAGUGACUCUGACCCAUGACAAGAGCAGGGUGGCUGUGUGCCAGGCAUCUGCAGGAAAGCCAGCUGCUGACAUCUCCUGGAUCCCUGCAAGCAACCACAGCUCUGAGGAGGAAUUCCAUCACCCCAACGGAACAGUGACCAGAGUGAGCUACUUUGGCUGGGCCAACAGCUCAAUUCCCUCUGUCACCUGCCUGGUCACCCACGCAGCCAUGAACCAGACUCUGGUCAUGGACCUGAGAUACACCUCCCAUAUGCUUCCCUACAUCCUGAUGGCAGGAGCAGCUGCCAUUGCUGUCAUUGGUCUGACUUUAUGCUUGAUUUUCAAGUGCAGAGCUUGCUGCUUACCAAAACGGGCACGGGGCCCAGCAGAACACUCUACAGCUAGAGCCUCGAAGUUCCCACCUCCACAUGCAAGAAGAGCAGCAGUCAAUCCUCCUGACUUUCCAGAGAGCAGCUAUGUGAAUUACAACCCAAGAUCUAUUUAUGUAAGAUUAGGACAGUGUAGGCACAAGUAGCCAGCUCAGCUACUAAUGAUCCCCAGGUACUCAAACUUGUACUUCAACUCUUAAGCCUCAGGCCUUACCCCCAAAAAACUUUGUCUUUCCUGACCUGACGAUGGUGGACAACUUACUUACUUUAGUAAGUUCUUUUCUCUUUCUCUAAAUAUCAGUACAGCUCUAGAGAAAGUUGGAAAUUUUAAAUAUUGAAUUAGGGAAAUACCUUAAUUUUGUUAGAAAAUGGAUUCUGAUGUAGGUGCUGACUUUCCUCAAAACAAUCAUGGACAUAUUUCUGUGCCAGAGUAAAAGACUGCUGGUGAAAAUGUAGCACUUUUCUUUCAAUUUUUACAACUGGAUUCACUGCAAAGUUCCGUGUUGGAGACUUGAAAGUGGCAUGGGAGACC